CCUGUUUCCCACUCUUCUUCCUCCUGUAAUCUCCCUCUCUCUCUCUCUCUCUCUCUCUCUCUCUCUCUUCCAUUUUUUUUAAUUUCGUUCCCUUUCUGUAACUUCCUCCAUCAAAGAGAGGAAAAAAAAACAAAAACAAAGAGAUAAUUAAAUAAAUAAAUAACCCUAAUAAUGAUGCAGCUUGGUGGUACUACCACCACCGCAGCCGCGACGCCACAAACCAGUGACGCGGCGGCGCCCGAGACUGCGCCCGCGGCUGACGCUGAGGCUGUGGGGCCUUUGGAAGCGUCGGAGGAGAUGAGCGACCGCGGUUUCGGAGGGAAUCGGUGGCCGCGUCAGGAAACGCUAGCGUUAUUGAAAAUACGAUCUGACAUGGAUACCGCGUUCCGAGACGCCAGCGUCAAAGGUCCUUUAUGGGAUGAGGUUUCCAGGAAAAUGUCAGAGCUUGGAUACAGCAGAAGCUCUAAGAAAUGCAAAGAAAAAUUCGAGAACGUAUUCAAAUACCACAAACGUACCAAAGAAGGCCGUACGGGGAAAUCCGAAGGCAAAACCUAUCGUUUUUUUGACCAAUUAGAAGCUCUCGAGAAUCAAUCCUCGUCCAUGGUCCACCACCAUCAACCCCAAACGCAAACGCAGAUGCCGCCGCGACACCAUCAACACAACAACAACAACAACUCGAUCGUAUUCUCGGCAACGCUGACGCAACCGGCGGCUGCAAACGCGGAAAAUCCUCCACCCGGCGUCGCGUUAACGACUGUUACAUCGGCAAUGCCACUUCCCAACACUGCCGUCGCGUUUACUCAGCCGCCAGUGCCUACGUCUUUGAACCCGACGUUCCAUGGCGGUUCCGGUGAUUUUCUGUCGGAUUCGACGUAUUCGUCAUCGUCCACCUCGACAUCUUCGGACGUGGAGAUUGGCGGAGGUACGAGGAAGAAGAGGAAGAGGAAAUGGAAGGAUUUCUUCGAGAGGCUUAUGAAACAGGUCGUAGAGAAGCAAGAGGAGCUUCAAAGACGGUUCUUGGAAGCCGUGGAAAAGCGCGAGCGCGAAAGGAUGGUUAGGGAAGAAGCUUGGAGAAUGCAGGAGAUGGCGAGAAUCAAUCGCGAACGCGAGAUUCUUGCUCAAGAACGAUCCAUGGCCGCGGCCAAAGACGCAGCUGUCAUGAAAUUCCUGCAGAAGCUAUCAGAAAACACUAACGUAAGCCAGUCCAUACAGUUACCGCCACAACCACAACCACAACAGCCACCGCCGCAAACGCAAACGCAGACGCCGCAGCCUCAACCACAGCCGCAAACGCAGCUAGCGGUGACCGCAAGGGCGAUAGACAUGACGAAAACGGACAAUGGGGAUCAGAAUUUCACGCCGGCGAGCUCGUCGAGGUGGCCGAAGGUGGAGAUCGAAGCACUGAUCAAGCUGAGAACGAAUCUUGACUCGAAAUAUCAAGAGAACGGACCAAAGGGUCCACUGUGGGAAGAAAUCUCAGCCGGAAUGCGAAGGCUAGGGUUCAACAGGAGCUCGAAGAGAUGCAAGGAGAAGUGGGAGAACAUAAACAAGUAUUUCAAGAAAGUGAAGGAGAGCAACAAGAAACGGCCCGAGGAUUCAAAGACUUGCCCUUAUUUUCACCAGCUCGACGCGUUGUACAGAGAGAGGAACAAGUUCAACUUUGCAGAUUACAACGUGGCCUCGACAUCGUCCACGUCCACGUCCACAGGGCAGAUGAAGGCCGAGAACGCUGUCCCGCUAAUGGUUCAGCCCGAGCAGCAAUGGCCUCCCGCCCCGCAAACGCAAACACAUACGGAGGAUGUGGAACAAGGUGAGAACUCUCGAAGGAACCGAGAUGAAGACGAGGAGGACAGGGGAGGAGAAUUCGAAGGCGAGGAGGAGGAGGACGACGAGGAUGACGACGACGACGGAGAUGGAGGUGAGUUUGAGAUUGUGCCAAAUAAUAAUAACAAAGGAAAUGUCGAUUAGGACAAGUGGGUGAGAGGACACACAUGUUGUCGAAAGGUGACAUUGUGUUAAGGUUCGGGUAAGAAAAUUUUAACCCGCACCGUGAAAAAAAAAAUAAAAAAAUAAAAAACUUUUUCGAAGUUUUGAUAUACAAUACAUUGGAGGGGGUGGUUCUUUGGGGUUUUUUUUCAGCUUUUUUUGUUUAAUUUUAAGUUAUACUCUAGGUGGAAGUAAAACGUUUGAUAAAUUCUAGUUUUUUUUUUGUAAUUUAAUUAUUUUUUUCAAAAUGAAUAAAAUAUAUUGAGGGGGGGACAAGGUGGGGUUUCCUUAGAAAUAAAAAGAAUAAUGAAGAGAUAGGCGUUGUAAGUUUUUCGUUUUUUUUUAAAAAAAAAAAAAUUCGAGGGUCCAAUGUUGGCGACGGUGUAAAUUUGAAUAAUUUGUUAUUGUUUCACUUUAAUGUUAUUCUCUAUUAUUAACUGUAUUCAAUAUAUUUGUAUAGAUAAUAUUUCGUUGGA